AUGGAAAAGUUGCCCUCGUGUCGUGUGAAGAAUUGCUCUCAAGCAGCCACUGUGCAUCUUAAGAAAACGAAAAAAUGCUAUUGCGGUGAGCAUUUCUUCAAAAAAUAUGAGCUAGCUGAAGGAGAGAGACUCAUCUCUGCAGAUCUUGUUGGUUCGAAGAUUAGAGGCAUAGAGAAAAUGCUGAAAAUCUUCGCAAUUUUCAUAAAAGAUGAAAAUGACCAGGAGCCUGAUGAGAGAACACUAAAGUUUCAAGAAGAAUUCUAUCAUAAACUACAAGAACUCAAAGAUGCAAUGAAUCAAGCUUUACAACAAGAAUCCUUUUAUGAAUUUGGAGCUCUAAUGGCAAAAACCAGAAAUAUCCAAGCUAGCAUGGACUGUGAACAGAUUUUCUCAGAAUUUGCUUGCAAGUUUCUUUGGAGUUUAAUGGAAGGGCAAUGUAACCAGGGUUUAAGAAUCCUAACUGGGUCUUGUGGACAAGGAUCAGAACAACAGGAUAAGCUUCUAGAAGAGCUUAAACAAAAAGACUUCACCAUAGAGACCCUUGAGGAAGAGAACAAGAAGUUACAUCUAAAGAUAGAGGAACUCAAGAGUAAUCUUAAUUCACAAGAUCAAAGAUCUUACUUUUUCCAAGAGAUCACAGCCCACUGUAAAAAUAUUUCUGGCGAAAACAUACAGUUCAGUCCGGAAACAAGGCUAAAACUUGAACUUUCAAACCCCAAGCACAUGGAGUUCCUGACUUCUCUAGAACACAGAAUGCCGGAGCUGGCUAGACUCUCUCUUGAUGACAUACCUGUAGACAGCGAGGAGGUCAAAACCUUUCUGGCCACUCGGUUUCCUUUCGAAGUGAGUGUGCUAGAUUUUAAUCACUCCUCUCCUCUGUCAUCCUCUCUGUCCCUGUACAUGGAAGAAUUGUCAGCUGUUAGUCAGAGGGUUAGGAAUACAUUGUUCAUUAAAAACUUUGAAGUUUCUCAGCCCCAACUCAUCACUCUCCUUUCUUCUUAUAAAAGCAUAAGUUUCUUUGGGUUUAUCUUUUGCAGACUCUCCCUUUCGUCCGUUCCUGAUUUUGGAGGUAGACUCGAAGGGAGCACACUCAAAAGAUUAUAUUUGAGCUAUUGAGGAGGAAGUGCUUACGGAGACUGGGCCACCAACGAGUCUCAUUUUGGAAACCUGUUCGAAGGGCUUUCUAAGGAACAAGACUUUAAGAACAAUCUGAAGGAGAUUUGGAUGUCUGAUUACGGUAUGGAGCGUAAAACAGUGGAGGAAACCUUGGCCAAGCAUGGGUUCGGCCAUGUAGGAAUUAAUUUGCACUAGAAGUAGACCACAAACGAAGACAUCUAA